AUGGCAUCCAUCCCGAAGAUUUCCACACUCAUUACCUGGGCCCUGUACUUCAUCCCUAUAUACCUCUUUGUCAUCGAUCCGCUUCUACGCGGAUUCUUCCCCAGCCUACUCCCAACAGACACCGACGAAGACCUCUUCGACGAGAGCGGCGCCCCAGGACCAGGCAUCAACCUCACCGAUGACAGCUUCAUCAGCCCCGAAGAUGGUGUGCCAUUCACAUGUCCCGAUGCCGAGGGAUACCGGGUCCAUUUACUGUCGCGCGCGCCCUUGAUCAUGUACAUUGAGAACUUCGUAUCAGAGAACGAAGCAAACCGAAUCCUGGACAUGAGGUAUACACCAUCUAUCGUCUACGAUGGCCAGACGGAACGCGUGGACCCGUCUAAACGCCUUUCCGACCGUGCCUUGCUCCCCCGUGACGACACAGUUCGGUGUCUGGAGGAUCGCGCCCGCGCUUUCCAGGGCUGGCGCACGAACCUUUACAUCGAGCGUAUGUGGGCUCAGCGCUACAAUACCUCCGGCCACUACCGGCACCAUUAUGACUGGGCGGGAUCGCUGGCGCGAGGCGGGGAUCGAUUGAGUACGUUCAUGGUAUAUCUUGAUGCGGACUGCGAGGGUGGGGGGACGAAUUUCCCACGUUUGAAAAUGCCGGCUGGGAAGGGGUGGUGUCGGUUUUUGGAGUGCGAUCAGGGCACAACCGAUGGAGAAAAGACGGAAGGUAUCACGUUCAAGCCUAUUAAGGGCAAUGCGGUAUUUUGGGAGAAUCUUCGGGCCGAUGGGACGGGGUAUCCGGAGACAUGGCACGCUGGGUUCCCGGUCACCAAGGGGACUAAGGUUGGAUUGAAUAUUUGGAGUUGGUACCAGCCCAAAUGGAAGAGGCCGCUGAGGUGA